CCUCAAUUAAUGGGUGCGACUGCCGUCUCAAUCGUGCCGAGUCCUUUUUAACAUGUAGCUUUAACAACUCAUUUUCUCUCUAUUACAUUCGCUUCCAUGUAAAGUUCAUAACGGCUAUGCUGCCAAGUUCCACUUCGAAGCGUCAAUGGCCUCGGACGAACUCGAUAUGUCCAAGUCCAACCCCAACAGGCUGUCAUUUCAACAGCCAAGUCUACCAUGGCGAAUGACUUCUUCCAUGGUCAUGGGCUUAACCGCCGCUCUUUCAAGGGGGUUUCUUUAUGGCUUGAACUCAGUCGAAGUAGUCGGUUUAGACCGAUUUUUAGAGCUUCUAGAUAAGAGGAAGGACGUUGAGAAGAGGGAAAGGGGUCUUAUUACUGUCUCAAACCACAUCAGUGUACUUGAUGAUCCUGUCAUAUGGGGAGUGCUGCCGCUACGGUACGCUUUUAACCCGUCUAACCAUAGAUGGGGUCUAGGAGCCCACGACAUAUGCUUUACGAACAAGCUUAUUGGAUCGUACUUCUAUGCCGGCCAAGUCCUACCAACCCAUAGGUCGCAGCACUCGCCUCACGGCGGGCUCUUCCAGCCCACAAUCCCACAGGCGAUCCGGCUCCUGUCCGCUGCGCCAUUCCCUGGCGCCCCACCGCCAGAAGCGUCAGGAGGACGCCACGACGACGACGUGUCCGACCCGUUCAGCAGCGCGGGCGAACCGACGUUCACCACGACGGGGGCGGACCGGUACGUCGCGCCGUCGAUCUACGCGCGGAACCGGCACAGCUGGGUGCACGUGUUCCCCGAGGCGUGCGUGCACCAGCACCCGCGCCUGCUGCUGCGCUACUUCAAGUGGGGCGUCUCGCGCCUCAUCCUCGAGAGCGAGCCGAUGCCCGACGUCGUCCCCAUGUUCGUCGACGGCGCCCAGCGCGUCAUGCCCGAGGACCGCUCUUUCCCGCGCUUCCUCCCGCGCUUCCCCGUCCGCUUCCGCGUCGCCUUCGGCGAGCUGCUCGAUGCCGAGAAGACGUUCGGCGACCUGCGCGCUAGGUGGCGGGACCUCGUGCGCAGGGAUAGGGAUGGCGGGAAGGGGCGCCUGGCUAUGGGGGAGUUGACGGAUGAGCUGAAAUACGGCAAGGAGGCCGUGGACCUGAGGAUCGAGGUCGCGAGGAGGGUCCGCGAGGAGGUGUUGAAGGUUAGGAGGAGCUUGGGAUACCUGGAUAACGACGAGCCUGGGUUCGAGCUGGCGGAGACGUGGGCGAGGGAGCCGCCUAAGGAUCGGUUCAAGAGUAAUGUUGAUGAUGGGUUGGUAAACAAAAGGGAUUAGAGCCUACCCUCGGCAUUUGUAUGGACUAGGAGAUAUCAUAGAAUUUAUAGAGCUGUGUUGGCUUUCCUCGGGAGUUACUUAUUGAACGAAGCAAUAGACUUUUUAUGACCUAGUCAAUGGUUAGGUAUUCCUAAAUUUUGUGAAAUGGGGUUUCUGAUAGAGAGAAUCAGAGAAUAAAUCUGACAUAAAAAAUA